UAUAUAUGUAUUGUUGUAGUUAGCAUUUGUAUAGAGUUUAUCUCACCUUCUCCACAUCUCUUUUGCAGGGCCUAUUCUUUCUUCUCCAAAUUAAAGCUUGACAAUCAGGAUGUCGAAAGCUCCUCAGCUGCUCAUGCCAUGCACCCUAUUCUUAUUAGCUCAGCUCUUCUGCUUCUUCCAUUUCUCUCUUGGCGAUAUUGGAACUGCUGCUACCUAUUCCCCACCCUAUACACCCACGGCUUGCUAUGGGAAUGAUGCCUCUCAAUUCCCAUCAAGCAACCUAUUCGGGGCGGCCGGAGAGGGUAUAUGGGACAAUGGGGCAGCUUGUGGGCGGCAAUACAAGGUUAGGUGCAUAAGCGCCACCGUGCCCAGAACUUGCAUUCCAAACAAAACGAUUCAGAUCAGGAUUGUCGAUCGCGCGCAAACUUCGGUUUCUAAGCCAACGAGGGGCGGCACCACCAUGGUCCUCACCACGACUGCCUUCGGAACAAUCGCCAAUGGAUCACCCGCGUCAAUCAACAUAGAAUUUCAAGAGGUUUGACUUGAAGAAAAACCUGAAUAAUUUUCCAUGUGCCGGGCUGGAGGGAGAUAUGAUAGUUCUUUAACUAAUUAGUUUCUAGAAUCUACAUGACCAUUUCGAAAUGUUCAGUAGAUUAGGAACUGAUUAGGUAUAUUUUGAGUACUUUUCUCCAUUAAUUUCUCCUGUAUAUGGUUGAACUACAAUAUUCAUGUGUCUAAAUAUUCGCCAAUAAUUUUUUUCUGUA